CCCAUUUGAAUCUCACUUUUAUUACUUCUGCACUUUGUUUUUCGAAUCAACACAAAUUGCUGCCCGCUGCAGAAAAAGCAGAAAACAGAAGCCAUGGUGGAGGAGAAUGAGGAAUGGAUAGAGCUGCAAUCACAUCCUAUAUUUAACAGCAGUCUCCACUCCAAUGCCAUUUCCAACGUGAACGGUUCGUUUAAACUGGGGACCCCCAGACUGCCAUUAAAUCUCAUGGCAUGGGAUGCUUCAACUCGUCUUCUGCUCUGGAACUGUACCCAACAAUCAUUACACUCUCUGUCCAUACGCUGCUCACAUGGCACCAUACAGGCUGCCUCACAAGUAAAGACGUUGCAACCCAACAUGAAGGUGAAUUUUCAAGUCCGAUAUAUGGCUAUUAACAGAACUGGCCAAGCAGUUGUCCUUGCUGGUGAUGGAAGCUUAAUGGUUUUAUUCAUGAAUGACCGAAUUCCAUCUUCUGCUGGUGAUGGUCUGUACAGAGCAUCUGUUAUUGGGUCAAAAGGAGUAUUCUCCUCCAAAGAAAGUAAAACAUUGCGGAUUUUGCAAGUAACAUGGCAUCCUCACAGUGAUACACAUUUGGGGAUUCUUUCUUCAGAUGGUGUUUUUAGAAUUUUUGACUUAUCUUCAGAUUUGGAGAUUCCAGAGCAGGAGUACCACCUACAGCCAGCAGCUUAUCCCAAACUCACAAGCACAGUCACAAUACGUCCUGUAGCAUUUGCUUUUGGUGGUGAACAUUUAUGGGACAGAUUUACUGUAUUUAUUCUUUUUAGCAAUUGUUCUGUUUAUGCUCUUUGUCCAGUGGUUCCUUUUGGAAGUAUUUAUGUUAGUGCAGCUAUAGAAGAGAUUUAUAAAGAUGCUUGUGUGUCAGGAUUUCAUUCAAAUUCGAUUGGUUCUAAGGCUUCAAGCAAUGCUAGUUUUGCUAUUGCUUGGCUGGAAGCUGUGUUUCCUGAACUAGUUGACUUUUCAGAUGAUCUAGUAGCUGAAAGACUUAGAUUACUGGGCCUGAAGGCUCGUGCCUAUGUUCCAUUUGAUGCUUCUAUUUCAUUACAGGGUCCUCUUCCUAUGGUCUUAGACAGCAAUACAAACACUGGUGGUGAUGAACCUACAAAGCAUAGGCAUCGUGCAGUUGGUUUCUUGUACAACUCAAUUCAUAAAGAUAGUAUUUUAGCUAUCAGCUUGAGUGAUGGCCAAAUGCAAAUCUAUGCUCUUGCAGAUGAGAUGCAACCUGUUUGGAACAUAGGGAGCUCACCGCAGUUACGGAUAGAGGAUGACAAACUGCUCUCAGUUGCUAUGAUUGCUGAGGUUAAGUUAGAAAAUACUUCAUAUGUAGGCAGUGGAUAUGGGAGCAACCAGGAUAUUGUGAACAAUCCAUGGAUAGGUGAACCACCUCAUUUGCUACAGCUGGCAGUGAUUGACUUUGCAUUGCCAACAACUUUGUUAGAAACUGCUCCCCUUUCCCUUUUACCUGACCCUAUAAUCCCUGAAAGACUCUACUGCUAUCAUGCAGCAGGGAUAGAUGCUUUAUUGUUGCAUUGGCUUCCAUUUUCUGACCGGACUACAGACAGAAGUUCACCUGGUAAAGCUCCUUCUGUAUUUCCUGUUCUAGAGACAUGUCCUACUGAAGAUUCUGUUCCUAUGCCACUGCUUGGUGUCACGACUCUUUUAGAUUCAUUUGGUAAGGCAUGGCUUAUAGCACUUACCUCAGCAUGUGAGUGCGCUGUAAUAGAGAUGAAGGUUCAGAGAGAAUUAUUUCCUCUUCGAAUUGAAGGCUGCAAAGGAACUGAUCAGGGUUUAGAAGCUUCUGAAACAGUAAAUUCAGAGAAUAUGAGUAGAGAACUGCUACUUGGGCCAAAAGAGAUUCCUAUUCCUCAAGUUCCAGUAUCAAUGCGGCAUUUGACUGCAGACUCGAUUGAAGGCCGUUCUAUCCUUCAUGACCAUUGCAAAUUACUUCAUGAGAAAUAUGUUGAAUAUGCACAUAAGGUGUACGUGGAACUCAAAAAUCAUGGUGUCCGGCUAAACAAAGUUGUGGAUGAUCAGCAGUUGCGUUUGCAGGAAUUGGAGGAGAAGUUGCAAAAUGUUCAGAAGGAUAAGAAUUAUCUAAGAGAGCGAAUAAUGAAUGCUAUUGAGGUAAACAUGCAGCUAAACAAACGCCUAAAGAAAGUUAGCAACUUACCAGGAGUGAAGAAAAAACCUCUUACAGCUGCAGAGCUUGAAUUUAAAUCUCAGAUUGAUAUGAUAAACUAUGAGGACUUGGAUGUCCUUCAGUCAGCUAUUGAGGGCCUAAAUUCUCGAUUUGAACGAUACAUGCGAAUAUCUCAGCCACGCAUGAAAAACAUAUCAACUGAAAGUGUUGGAGGAAGAAAGCUGGCUAUGCCAGAAACUCAAAUGUCACGUUUGAAAACAGCAGUUGGAAAGCUUACCCAAAUUGUUGAUGAUACAUCCAGAAAGGUGAAACUGGUGGAAGGGGUUGUCAGGAGGCGGGAAAGCAUUGGUGGUUAGUAAAAUGUUUACCUAUAUUGCUUUGAAUUUUAACAGAAAGUUGUUAGAUUUUAAGUGUUAAUCUGAUCAUUGGCAAUGGCAUUAAUGUCGAUGUCUGCAAUAUGGAAAAUGUACAUUAUUGUGUAUAAUAUGUGGUAGAAAUGGGUUCUUUCUCCACAAAUUUUUGAUGGUCAUGGAAAACCAGAAAAGGUGGCCAUAUUCAAUACAGUCGGCCACUAAAUGACACUUCGCUGUAUAUCAGUUUUUACUUAGGGAGAUGAUAGUUUUUUGUCAUCAAUAACAUUUGUUUUCUUUAAUAGAUAAGCUAGACAAAUAAUUUUUGUAUAUUCAGUUUAAUGGCAUUAAAUAAAUAAAUAGAAUUUCGUAUC